AGUCGCCAAAGUAAGGUAAAAAUUUUUUCGUUUUUUUUUUUUUUUUAAUUUAUUUUAUUUUUGCAGACCCAAUGCACUUUUAUCUAGGCAUAUGUAUAUUACCGGACAUCUGAGUUUAAUGACAAUUGACUUGUUUUGUCAGCAUGGAAAAAUACUAGGGAAUGCAUUUAUAUUGACGUCUGUAUCAUUUAUAUUAAACCAUGUAUUGAUAUUUUAAAAUGGAAUAAUCGCACUAAAAAAACGCAUAUGUAUAUUACAGGAUAUCUGAGUUUUAAUGACAAUAAAGCAGAUUGAACUUGCAAACCCCAUCGGUUUUAUAUCUCCACUUUGAAUGGCUGGGCAUUUUUGAUAACAUUUGAAACACAAUGUACACAGGACUAAUUAAGUUAAUUACAUUUUUACUGCCUCUUGCCUUUUCAUGACGUUUGCAAUUAUUCUGACUGGUUGUUAUUGCACUUUGUGAUAGAUUGUGGUGACAGGGUUGCCGAGUUAUGGCAAGCAUCAGGAAUAGCCAGUGGCAUAAUGCUAAUAAUAGUAAGGAAGGCAAUAUGUAUGUGUUAUGUAAGUCAUGGUACAAUAUAUGUUUCGACAUUUUUCGUUACUUAUUUUUAAAAGUAAUAAACUAUGCAUAAAACAUGCUGUACUUUCGCUACAAUUUACAGGAUGAAAGCGUUGUGUAGGGUUUGGAGAUUUAGCUGCACGUUCUAACAAGUUUUUAAAUAUUACUUACAAUUUAAAGUUAAAACAAGCGCCCGUAAUGUUUUGCAAAUGUAACCCCAUGGAUCGGUGCCAACAUUACCACCGCCCCUUACUAUAUAGACUAGUAUGCUUAUUGUUUGUUGUGCAGUGUACAGAAGAGAAGUGACCAGAAGAGACAUACUCGACGUUCACUGUUUUGUUUCACCUCUCGGCAAAUUAUGAAAUGUCCUUCAGUGAUUCAUAAGACUCAUUCCUGAGUGUUGCUAACAGAAAAGGGAGAUGUCUGCGAACAGCCACAUUUCCAAUACAACUUCUCGUCAAGCAGUUUCACGUCCGGAUUACGUUUGGGAAUAUGAGUAUUAUGACUACGAACCUGUGUCUUUUGAAGGACUGAAAGCCCACAGAUAUUCCAUUGUGAUUGGAUUUUGGGUUGGCCUGGCGGUCUUUGUCAUUUUUAUGUUUUUCAUAUUGACUUUGCUGACGAAGACAGGAGCACCACAUCAAGAAAACCCAGAGCAUUCAGAAAAGCACCAUCAUAUGAAUAGCUUUGCAGUGGAUUUCCGUCGCUCCCAGGAGUCAGACAAAGUCCUCUCUCAUCGGGUAGUGGAGGAGUCCCGCUCACUGUUCCACUGUUACAUCAAUGAGGUGGAGCAUUUGGGCAGAGCCAGACUGGACAGCAAGGCUUCAGGUCUGAAACACAGCAGCCUUCACACCCGAGAAACCUUGGGUGACAACGAACUUGAGGAGGAAAUGAACAACCUUGCAAAGUUCAACAUCCCUAACUUUGUCAGUUCAGAGCAGAGUUCCAUGCUUGGUGAUGAUGACUUACUGCUCAGUGAGCAACCAAUCAUUUUGAACAAUGAUGCAGAUGAUUCAUCUGCAUCAAACCCUGAAACAUCCUCACAAAAUCCUCAGCUGAGAAGCCAGACCCCACACGAAUUAUUUUAAAGAAGCUGAUUUUGCUGUGUAUCCUCUUGACCACCACCAACCCAUAUCGUGUGUUGCAUGUGCAUAUGUUGAAAUAUGUGUUUCAUAUAGCACUGCCCUUGCAUACAUGCACAAAAGUGACACUUUAAUGUGAGAGUAUGGUCAAAUCUGUGACGAACAUGCAUUUCACAUACAGCGUAUGCAACGUAUAUUGGUUUCCACAUGAGCAAACAAUUAAUUGAGAUGCUGGCUAUUUUUGUGUAUGAGUAAGCUUUAUUUAAUUUUAACUUUUGUACAGUAAAGGAAUCUCAUUUUUCAAUUACCACAACUUUAAAACAGUAAUCAUUGUGCUACAUGGCACAUGUUUGGAAAUAAUAAUACAAAAUCAUGUCUCUAUAAGUACAAGUUAUACAAAAGACUACACUAGUCAUCCCUCCCUUGCAUUUCUUCUGCUCUUAUUUUUUAUUAUUAUUAUUUAUUUAUUUAUUAGCAGGCACCCUUAUCCAGGGUGACUUACCAUUGUUACAAAAUAUUUAGUACAAAGAUAAGAGCAGAUAUAAGGUGCAGUGAAAUCAGUAGAAAAUAAGAUCAAAUUCAAAUAGGAGCAAAAUAAAAAAUACAGUAAAUAAUUACAUUUAAGAGCGAGUUCAACGAAAAGCAGAUAACUUAUAGUAAAAAUAUUUGCUUACACGAGUAAAGUCCAGUAAGAGAAUGUAGUAAGUACGGUAAGUGGAUGAGAAUGAGUUCAAAUAAGAGCAAUUACAAAAAAUGUGAAUGCAGACACCUAUACAGGAAGUAGUUAUAAUUAAGAGCAGUGGUAGAAUAUGGCACACAUCUUAUCCUCCCCACUAACACUACCAGGUGUCAGUUCUUGUUACUGGUGGCUUUUGCAUUAAUCAAAAUGUCCCAAUCAUCUCACAACUUGGUUGGAUGCCCCAAUGUUUUGGAUGGGGGCUGGCCCAAAUGGGAACUCCUAGCCCAGGCUAUAGUACUCAUCAGUCUCAUGCUUCAAAAUGUCAAAAAGGUUUUGGCCAACAAUCUUUCUAAACCUGUUUUUGUUCAAUAAAACAUUUAAACUAAUUUUCUUGUCAUGUUGUGCUUUUUGAAGUAUUUGUGGAGUAAAUGCUCUUAUUGUUUACAGCACUACUUUUAAAAUAAUUGACUUUUAUGCCGAUGUUGAAUCUGGAAAGGAUUAUUCGUGAAACAUGGUUUUGUAAGUGAUAUAAAACAGGGACCUGUGUUUUGUUUAAUUAUGCAAUCUAGAACAAUCAGUCUCCAAGGCUUGUGUUGGCAGAAGCUGUGUAAAAUGUCUCCAACAAAAGGCAGAAUGUGUCUUGUAUGAUAUUGUCAAGAUUCACACGUACUCUUUUUUUAUUGAUAUAUGCUCUUAAACUCAGGGGAGACGUUCAAAGGAGGAUAUAAAUAUGUUUCAGACUCCUGUAAGUGGAUUGUUCAUAAACUGGUCUUGCAACCUAUCCAGAUCACUUUUUAAUAAUCAAGAAAAACACUUCACGCUGACUGGGACCUGAGAUAAGAG